CGCUCUCCUCCUCCUUCUACUGUUCAUGAGAUCGCUUGCCGGGACUGGCCACCGCGUCGCUUCUUCCCUUCUGUUCGCGAGGAGUAGUACCUUCCUCCCCACUAGCAGCCGCCUCGUGCGGCCCACACCGCCUCCUGCCAACCUCGUGCUCAAGUGCUCCUGGUCCAAGAGGCCGAACAAGAUGGACUUCCGCGUGGCGACGUACAACAUCCUCUGCAGCCACCUGGCGGAGCCGACCCGGUUCCCUCAGUGCAGCCCUAGGAACUUGGAUGGCCCUACCCGGUUGAAGAGGGUCAAGCACAAGCUGGAUGCGGAGGAGGGACGGGCACAGUCUCAGUAUUCGCACAUGUGCACAAAACGAACAAAACUCGUUCCUGGCCAGAUACAUGUCUCUCUCCUCUCCUGUACAAUUUUAGAGCGGAGCUAUUUACCCGCCACCCCACGCCAUCACACGGUUACGGUUUUGAAGAGCGUAAUCGUACCGCCGCUAGAGUACGCCGGAGAAGUAUGGGAAGGAAAUAAGAAGGUAGUGAAAGAACUCGAGGCGGCGCAGAUGAAAGCAGCGAAAAUCAUCCUAGGAUGCUCCACGCGCACAAGUAAUGCAGCCGUGAGGGCAGAAUUGGGGAUCCAAUCCCUACGGUCGGGAAGAGACGCGAGGAAGCUGACCUGGCAGUAUCGCAUGUGCGGGAUGGGAGAGGAGAGGUUGCCGAGGAUUGUAUGGGAGGC